AGCUACGUGGGUGGGGGUUGGUAAUGCCCUUGUUUUCCUUUCCUUGCUUGGUUGACCAUCUGACCAUUGUCGCCUCUUAGCUCAAACGCAUCAAGUAGUCAAGUUGGUGAGACUUGGUGAUACAGUAGGCUUUGGAUCCAGCCUGUCAGCACCCAUCAUCAGGGAUUACUCCUCCACCGCAACGAUGACUUCCAUUACCAUGCCCACCGAGGACUUCGCACGGGGACCAGUUGACCCAGUCGUGGUGAAGCUGGUGAGACAGGCAAAGGCGCCUACGCCUAGGAAGUUGAUUCCUUUCCUGAAGAUGCUCUUAUUCUACAUCUACUUUGUCCCAAGCGCCACGCUCCUCACACCUCUCUACAUCCUCCGUUCUCUCCUCCCUCUCACUCGUCUCGACCCCCGCUGGUCCUUUAUCCAAAACCUAGGCGUGAUGCACGUCCGGCGCGUAGUGCGUCUCUUCACCCGUUUUGGCGUGCAGCCAAUCCAGCCAAGGGAGAAUGGCUGGCGAGAAUCGAGCACCAUCCUCGGUACUUUUCUAGGUCUGCUCAACCUUAGUGGGCCAGGAGGAAGGGUUGUGCAUCCAGAAAUGGCAUUGAGGGCUGCAGAGCACGCGGCUGGACAGAGGGCCGACAGGGUUUGGAUUCCACCUCCCCCACUCGAUGCAUUCCGAGGUUUGCUCACGAUCCGCACUGGUAAAGCUGGUGAAGGAACGGCGCAUGGUCCAACGUACAAUGGACCUCCUCUCAUUGAUCCUGCAUUUGCCAAAGUGCGCACCAGGUGUUUCUGGUUCAUGCACAAGGAUGGAAUUAGCCCGCCUGUGCCCAGCCAGAAGGGAAGGACUAGGAACUCGGAUAGACCCGUGAUUCUGUACUUCCAUGGUGGAGCUAGCGUGACAUUUUCUGCUGGUGAUCUCUUCAUGGGAGAGACAUUGGCAAAGAAUCUGGCACAUACCACCGGGAUUGACGUCUUCUCCGUCGACUACCUCCUUGCCCCCGAAGCCACCUUCCCGGGAUCCAUCGUGCAAGCUCUGGCAAGUUGGUUCUACCUCACCCGUCACCUCGGUUAUCUCCCCUCUCAAAUCAUCCUCGGAGGCGACUCCUACGGCGGUGAGCUCGUUCUCUCCCUCACCCGCUACCUCCUCGGCGAUUUCCGUCUCUACGAACCCGAGUCUGGAGCAGAAAAACCCGCUGCUCUCCUCCUUCUAAGUCCAUUCUGCGAUGCUCGUGCCUCCAUCGAGAAUAAGCCAGAGUGCUUUGAUGAGAAUUCCAAAAAGGACAUCAUUGCAUUGCCGUAUGGCGCUUGGGGACACGAGGCCAGGGGACUCUUUGGAGAUGAUAGUGCUGAUCGAGGCUUCCUCAAGAAGGAGGAUCCUUGGUUCACUUUUGCAAACCUGCCUGAUGAAGAGGCAAAGAGGUACCCACCGAUGUUCAUCGCAAAUGGUCGCAGUGAGCUCCUCUGGGACAUGGGUGUAGCAAUGGUAGAGCGCUGUCGUUCCCUAGGCCUAAACGUCUACCACCAUGUAGACCCUUAUGCGGUGCACGACUAUUUCACAUUGGUCAUCUUCCUUGAAGAGGCAAAGGUUACCUAUCAAGCUUUUACCAAAUGGUUUAGAGAGGGAGUACAGAGGACACAGAGCCACUUGUAAAGUCAGGAGAGGGUGAGGGUCAGGGUCAGGUUGGGAAGAAAAGUCGGGUUGGGGGGAGCAAUUUAGCGGGAUGGUCGAAGCAGGAUGGCAAUGUGACGGACUGUACCCUUUGCUACCCUGUGUACACUCCCACACAGACACACACCACUAGUCCCAAUGCACAGU